UCUGUAGGAACUCAGGUAACUGUAAAAGGGAUUUGUGUUUAUUUAUGAAUCAGUGGGGAAUCCCCGCCAAAAUGACAAAAUUUUAUGGACCAAUUAAAUCUAGCGAAUUUGUCAUGUGAUGACAUUUGGCCAAUCAGAUUGAUGCAUUUGUUGGAUUAUGGGGAAUCCCCUACUCUCUCGUGGGCUUCAAAAAUGGCGGACGGAAAUUGAAGAAAAUAAAAUUUCCUGAUGAAAAGCGACUGUUUCACUCAUACCAACCUAAGUAUAAGUUACACCCCAACUUCCGAGAAAUCAUUACAUGUAGGGGAUUGCAUAUUCAGGUAUGCAGUCUUUGUAAACCAAUGUAUGGACGAACCAGACAACUGAAGAUAACGCAUUUAUACAAAUUAUACCUCAAAGGUGGUGCCCGUAUUUCAUGUUAACCAAACAACAGCAUUAAACUGACAGAGUGUUCCAAAUCUAGCAAUUUAUUUAUUGUGGUUAUGAAUUUAUGACUACAUAUUUAGCAAUUCCCUAAAUGUGCUAAAUCAAAGAAUAAAUGAAUUAAACGAACUAAACUCAAUUCAUAAACUCUGAUGAAGUAAUUAUGGCAGAUAGUAGCCAAUCAGAUGACUCGAUGGAGUUAGGAAAUGUCAAUUUUGAUCAGAUACAAGAUGGGGACACAGUCACUGUUGAGGAGGUGGGACCAAGUGAGAUCGUACACAAUGUUGGGGCACCGAUCAUCAUGCAGAAUGGAAUGGUGGAGGAUGAUGGCACCCCAUAUCUACAUAUUAUUGAAGAACCUCAGCAGAGAGGAUUUAGAUUUCGUUACAGAUCUGAGAAUUCUGCAUCACAUGGUGGUCUUCAAGGAUGUAACAGCAAGAAAAGCCACAAAUCGUAUCCUACAGUUGAGUUGAGAAAUUACCAGGGAACAGCUAGGAUUGUUGUUUCCUUGGUAACAGAUGAAACAGUCCCUAAAACACACGCCCAUGAGCUGGUAGGGAAGAACUGUAACAAUGGCAUUUGUGUCGUGCAGUUAGACGGGCGAAAAAAUAUGACAGCAACGUUCCCAAAUCUUGGCAUUAUACAUGUCACCAAAAAGAAGGUUGUGGAUACAAUUCUUUCACGUGUCAGAGAGGACAUUAAAUUACAACAUUGUGUGAAAAAUAAUGUCCCCCCAGAACAAUAUAGAAUAUCUAGUGAUGAGGAGAAAAUGGCGAAAAAAGAAGCUGAAAAACAGGCCAAAGAUAUGCAACUGAAUGUGGUGCGGCUGUGCUUCCAGGCAUAUUUACCAGAUGACAAUGGAUCAUUUACGCUCAUGUUACCUUCUGUUGUUUCACUGCCAAUUUAUGAUUCAAAAUCUACAAGUGCUGCUGGGUUGAAGAUAUGUCGCAUGAGCAAACAGUCGGGUGUUUGUCUAGGGGGAGAUGAGGUCUUUCUGCUCUGUGAUAAAGUACAAAAAAAUGAUAUUGAAGUUUAUUUCUAUGAAGAAGAUGAAGAUGGUGCUGUCACAUGGAGAGUUAAAGCUAGUUUUAGCCAAGCAGAUGUUCAUAGACAGUACGCCAUAGUGUUCAAGACACCCCCUUACUGGCAGAAGAAUAUCCCGGCUGCAAAAAACGUUCAAUUGCAGCUCCAGCGUAUAUCAGACGGGGAGCGAAGUGAACCAAAACCAUUUACGUAUAUCCCAGAACCUCUAGAUAAAGAGGAAAUAAAGAAAAAGAAACAGAAGACAUUUCCCGGUGGUGAUUUUUCAAGUCCAGGAGGGGGUAGUUUUGGCGGAGGCUUUGGUGGUAGUGACUUUCAAGGUUCAGGUGCAUCAGGAUCUGGUGGAGGAUUCAGUAAUUUAAAGCGCACGUAUGACAGCACGCAGCAAGGUGGUGGUCAGCAGACAUUCACAACAUUAAAUCCAGUAAACAUUCAACAAAUUUCAAGUAAUACAUACAUACCUGUUCAUCAAACUAAGACUGCAACCCCAGUAGCCAUUAAACCACAAAAUCAAACUAGAAACUUAAGACACGAGGAAGCCAGCAGAAGAACAAUUCCAACAUAUUCAACAAUGUCUGAUUUACCAAGAAAUGUAGAAAAAGAUGCAGCUUCAGUCAUUGGAGAUUACUCAAAAAGCAAGAUAGGCUGUCCCAGAUUGCACCCCAACGAUGAAAGUGGAUACGAUGAUGUUGAUUGCACGAUUGAUCAAAGUGUAUUACAGAGUCGUGGAAUGUCAGUUCAUCAACCACUAAAAUCUCCAUUACGAAUUCAUGAUGAAAACACGGAAAGUGGAUACCAUUCUCAAAAAUUUUCAUCCUCCGAAGAACUACUAGAGAAAACAAAGGAUGAGGGUAGUUGGAGAGGGAGCAGCAAACAAGAGGAUGUCACUAUAAAACUUACUGAAAUGCCUGCAAAUGGAGAACAUGUUGAAAGUGGAGCUGCAACAGUGGAAUAUACUGAGGAUAAUGUAUCUGCCAAAUUCCAAGAGGCAAAAUGCGUAAUGAGGCAAGACAGUCGCCUUGAAGUUGCCAACAAAUUGAUAUUUGGCUUACAUGGAUUUGCGACAACUGGUGAUUCCUUUUAUAUUCUCUUGAUUCUGCGCCAUCUGUUAGCUGCAGAGGAUGAUAAUGGUGACAAUUGUCUGCACCUUCCAGUGAUCCAUAAGCAACUAGAUGCUUUGAGGAACAUUGUCAGGGCCAUACUGACCUUACCAGAUAGAAAGAUGGUCAACCAUACAAACCAUUUGAGACAGACACCCUCCCACUUAGCUGUGAUCACUGGAAACUCUGAGGCAUUGGAGAUGCUGUUACAGCUACAGCCUGACAUAACAGCUGUUGAUAGGAAUGGAAACACAGCUGUUCACAUGGCUGCAAACAAUGGAGAUGACAGAUGCUUAGAGGUUCUGUUGAAAUAUUUCGCUGAAAGAUAUUUGGAGGAUGACUAUGCUGUCUUGGAAACGUUGAACUAUGAUGGUUAUGCCCCGAUUCAUUUGGCUGUCAAAUCAAGAAGUCUCACAUGUGUGAAACUGUUGGCUAUCCCAGAAUGCAAUGUGAAUAUUCGUGAUGGAACUAGUGGAAACACAGCGUUGCACCUGGCAGUAGAAUUGGACAGGCUAUCGAUUGCAGGAUUCCUUACGCAAAAGGGUAAGGUGGAUAUAAAUGUCGCAAGGUAUGAUGGGAACACUCCUCUCCAUCUUGCCGUCUCGUUACAAAAUGUUGCCAUGACGGCUUUACUCAUCGCAGGAGGCGCUGAUCCAAGUCAAGAGAAUUCUGAACCAAUAAAUGAAUCCUCAUCAGGAAGUGAUGAAGAGGAAGAAAAAAUAUGCCACACAUCGUUAGACUUGGCCAAAGAAAAUACCAAGAUUUUAUUGCUUCUUACUGGAGGAUCGCUUAAUGAGACACCACCAGACAGUGAUGGACAUGAUGGGCUGGUAGACUCUGGUUUAUCUAUGGGGAUCACAGGGAACAUGUCAAAACUUGACCUUGGAUCCCAGCUAGAACUGUCAGUACUAUUGAACAAGGAAAGAAAGGGGCAAGAUUGGCGUCGCUUAGCAGAACUUUUGCAAUGUGAGACAGUGGUGCCAUCUUUAAAAGAGAUGCCCAACCCAACUAAGAGUCUGUUUGAUUAUUAUCAGAGCCAGGAAGGUACAAUUGAGACAUUGAGAGAAUGCCUUUGGUUGAUGAGCAGAUAUGACACAUUGAAGAUAUUGGAUAGGUUUAUAACGCAUCAACCUAAAGGUCAAGAUGAUGAAACAUGUGACAGUGGGCUUGAGGUUUCAUUAAAGUCUAUGGUCAUAAAGUAA